AGACCAUAAAUGACACCAUGAAUCAAAUCACAGAUUCACAUAAGCUAGUAUCUAGUAAUCAACUAUGAGCCACUUAACCACAUUUCUCACCUCCUCUCUCCUCUUUAGCCUUCUCAUCGUCUCUACUAAUGCAGCCACCUUCGAAAUCCGAAACAAUUGCCCUUACACUGUGUGGGCCGCAGCCUCACCUGGCGGUGGGCGCCGUCUAGACCGUGGCCAGACUUGGUAUCUUAAUGUGCCUGCUGGCACGUCCAUGGCUCGUAUUUGGGGCAGGACAAAUUGUAACUUUGAUGGUAGUGGUAGGGGUCGUUGCCAAACUGGGGAUUGCACCGGUGGCCUAGAGUGCAAGGGCUGGGGUGUCCCUCCCAACACUCUAGCUGAAUAUGCGCUAAAUCAGUUUGGUAACUUGGAUUUUUAUGAUAUAUCCCUUGUUGAUGGAUUUAAUAUCCCUAUGGAAUUUAGUCCAACAUCAAGCGGUGGCUCAGGGAAGUGUCAAGCGCUUCUCUGCACAGCAGAUAUUAAUGGGCAAUGUCCUAAUGAAUUGAGGGCUCCUGGUGGGUGUAAUAACCCAUGCACUGUGUUUAAAACUAACGAAUAUUGCUGCACUAAUGGGCAGGGGAGCUGUGGCCCUACCUAUUUCUCAAGGUUUUUUAAGGAUAGGUGCCCUACUUCUUACAGCUAUCCCCAGGAUGACCCUUCGAGCACAUUUACAUGCCCUGGCGGGACCAACUAUAGGGUUAUCUUUUGCCCUUGGGGGUCUCCUCAUUUCCCCUUGGAGAUGGUUGAAGAACAGCGUGCAGAGCAAGUAAGAAGCUAAGAGCAUAGCUGACGACCUGAUUUAUAAUAAAUAUUAUGCGCUGCCUUGAAAAUCUGGUGAAAUGAGGUCCGUGUAUUAUGUAUGGCUGUGUGUGUCUUUUUCUUCUUCUUUUUUCCUACGUCUAAAAGAACGAAAUACGAGCCUGUGUGUUUUGUUCUUGCCUGUUUCCAUGCUGGGAUGUAAUAAAAAUUCGAGUGAAAUAAAGAAAUGUUUAAUCA